GAAUGCAGUCGGUAUACUGUGUAUUUACGCCGAGCGGUGGUACAGAGGGUGUAGUGUAUUCCUAGAAAAAAACAACUUCGCUCCUCGUCCAUUAGCACUGAAUUUCUGUGCCCCACUCAUCCAUAAGUGAUAUGGUUAUAUUUUCUCGCUCUAUUUAGUUAAUUAAAUGUAAUGGUAUUAGUAUGGUAUUACUUUCAUUAUUUAGAUAAUAUACAAAAAUACAAUAUUAAACGGUUAUAAUAAUAUGUACUGCACAAAUGAGAAGCAAACAUUUUAUCAAGUUAGGAUACAUACAUUUAUAUUCCGAAAGUUUAAUGUUUUGUUGUCGAUUGAGUGGACUGCAGACGUUGCGUAAAUCAGACCCUCCCAAUCGAUGAUCGACUUGUGUUGAUGUCAGCCAUUGCUGUCCUGUAGCGUAGGUGUCGGCAAACUGAAACAGGACAAACAAGCUAUCUGAGAAUGUUUUUAUCUUCGGCUAUUCGUUCUGCUGUAUCGCAGACGGCAAAACAGGUGCGGAGCCUACACAGGUCCGCAGCCCAUGCUGGAGCUGGGGGCAUCUUUGUGCAUAGGGACACCCCAAAUAACAACCCAGAUACUCCAUUUGAAUUUACUGAGGAGAAUAAGAAGCGGAUUGAAGCAAUUAUUUCCAUGUACCCAGAAGGACACAAGCAAGCUGCCACCAUUCCUGUGUUGGAUCUGGCCCAAAGACAGAAUGGAUGGCUCCCAAUAUCAGCAAUGAACAAGGUUGCAGAGGUUCUUGAAGUCCCUCCGAUGAGAGUGUAUGAAGUAGCAACGUUCUACACCAUGUUCCUUCGUCAACCUGUGGGAAAAUAUCACAUUCAGAUCUGUACCACAACACCCUGCAUGCUCUGUAACUCUGACAGUAUCCUGGAGGCCAUUAAAAACAAACUGGGCAUCAAGGUUGGAGAAACCACACCAGACAAGAUGUUCUCACUUAUAGAAGUGGAAUGCCUUGGUGCUUGUGUAAAUGCCCCCAUGGUCCAGAUCAAUGACAACUAUUAUGAGGACCUUAGUCCCAAGGACAUAGAGCAGAUCAUUGAUGAACUCAAAGCUGGGACCAUCCCAGCACCUGGCCCCAGGAAUGGGCGUUUCUCUUGUGAGCCAGCAGGUGGACUGACAUGCCUGACAGAACCCCCUCCAGGGCCUGGCUUUGGUGUGAGAGCAGACCUGUAAAGACUGGGGCACCCUGAUCUUACUAAACUAUGUCUAAAGUGAAAAGUAGUAUUGUGUAAAUAAAAUAUACAUGUAU